AUGCAGUUCUUGACAAGAUCUAGUGUGAGAAACAACCACCUAGUCUCAAAUGUAUUGUUUAAUGCUUGUAGAUUGAGAUAUAACUAUCCAAUUAUCUCACAAUUUCAUACUGCCAUACCAUGCUACGCAGAGGAAGAUUAUGCUAGAAAAGGAUCCGUACAAUACAAGCUGCGAGGAAAAGGAAGGCAAUUCGUUGAUUUUAUUCGAGUAAAAGCAAGAGGAGGUGAUGGCGGUGAUGGUUGUGUGUCAUUUCAGCGAGAGAAAUACCUCGCCAAAGGCCCACCUAACGGUGGAAAUGGUGGUCGAGGUGGCAAUGUUAUUAUUCGAGCAACAUCAGAUGAAAGCACACUCAAGAGAAUGGGCCGCAUGUGCACUGCAAAGCGAGGACAAAACGGCCUUGGCGCUGGAAGACACGGCACGAUGGGCGAGCAUUUGGUGAUUGAAGUGCCAGUGGGAACUGUAGUCAGAGAGGUCACUCUAGAUGCUGAGGAGGAGGCAGUGGAAGCAGAGCUGACAGCAGAGGAAGAACAAGAACAGCGUGAGGCUCGUUGGGUUCUCUAUCCUAGAGCAGAGCAAGACAAUGCUCCCGAAGGUCGAGUGAAUUUUUUCAAGCAAGCUGAAAGAUUGAUGGAUGAAGAGGAUCGUUACUACCGCUGGCGUCUCCGUACAGAAAAGAGGGACAAUAUCUAUGUAGAUUUGACAGAGCAUAAUCAAGAGUUUGUCUUGUGUCGUGGCGGUGCUGGCGGUUAUGGCAAUCCUCACUUCCUGACAACAGAGAACCGAUCACCCAAGUGGGCAACUCGUGGACGUAAAGGAGAGGUGCGAGAAGUGGAAUUAGAGCUCAAGACAAUAGCAGACAUAGGCUUGGUAGGUCUUCCGAACGCUGGUAAAUCAACAUUGUUGAGUUCUAUAUCCAAUGCACAUCCCAAACAAGCAGACUACGCUUUCACUACAUUACAUCCGUUUGUGGGCACGGUUGACUAUGCGGAUCAAUAUCAACUGACAGUUGCUGACAUUCCAGGAUUGAUCCAAGGAGCUCAUCGUAACGUUGGUUUGGGGCAUGCUUUCCUCAGACAUGUGGAGCGUGCAAAGAUUUUGGUGUAUGUCAUUGAUGUGAGCGGCCCUUCGCCGUUUGAUGAUCUGAAAACAUUACAAUACGAAUUGGAGGCUUAUAGACCUGGUCUCACAAAACGUCAAUCUCUGAUCGUUGCCAACAAGGCGGAUAAGGUCGGCACAGCCAAAGAAAAUCUCGCCAAACUUCAGGAGCAAGUAGGCUCGUCUAUCCCAAUUGUUCCUGUUUCUGCAAAAUACGAGAAGAAUGUGCUCAAAUUGACAUCUGUUCUACGAAAAGAAGUAGAGCGCAUCCGUAUCGAAGAAGAAAAGGUCAAACAAGCGAAAUUGAAGGAACUGGAUGAUGAAUUCGACGAUGGAGAGGAUAUCUAA